GAAGUCGCUGUGACGACAGCUUGGGGCGGGGCCGAAACGGUCCAGGGGGCGGGCGUUUGAAAUCAGUGCCUUCGAGUAGACUCCAAACAUCAUUUUAUACCUUCAAGAACCAAUUACUUAAUGUCUUUCCCGUCUUUUCCUUCCCCGACCCCCUCCCAGACUCCUUCAUUCCGGCACUGCGUGGACGGAAAGCCUCGGGUAGCCACCACCACGUCCCCUGCUAGCGGGAGAGAGCGUAGAAAAGGAUUACACCAAACUGUAAAGCCAACGGCUCCGGCUUCCAUCCUUUCUCCUGAGCUAGACCCAACCAGCCUAGAGAGUUGGGCUACGGAAAAGCUAGUGUUUUCAUUUAAUUGGAUAUGAAGAAAGAACAAAUAAUGUACGGGGGCAACCACGAUCUUUAUAAAGAACAUAAGUUCCAGGAAAGCAGGAACCUUGUCUCUCUUGUUCACUGGGGUAUCCUCUGCAUGUAGAACAGUGCCUGGCACAUUAUAGGUACCAAAUUUUGAGUUAAAUACUACGCUGAAGAUACUCUCUGUUACAUUUGGAUCACCCAUUCAGAUCUUGGUAACUCAAGAUCUCAGGACAACGGAGCCAGGAAUCAACGAAAGAACAUAACAGAGACAGCUGCCAUCAGUGCCUGGACAGACCUGCUGUCCAGGGUGGAGUUUCUCUGGCAAACCCACAAGUCUAAGAAAGACUAUCAUUUCAUUUACAACACAGUUGGUAGACAGUGCUGUUUCAUAGAUGCAUCAACCUUUUUUCUAGAAAAAAAAAAAAGUAGUAUUUUCCUGCAUUUCAAGUAUCUGAACAUACCUGAACACUGGGAGUUUGCUGCUAAUUAAAUUGAAAUUAUGAAGUCUAAGGCCAACCGUGCUCAAAAUCCAAAUUGUAGCAUAAUGAUAUUUCAUCCAACCAAAGAAGAAUUUCAUGAUUUUGACAAAUACAUCGCUCACAUGGAAUCCCAGGGAGCACACCGGGCUGGCCUGGCCAAGGUAGUUCCACCCAAGGAGUGGAAGGCCAGACAGACCUAUGAUGACAUUGGGGACAUCUUGAUAGCCACUCCCCUCCAGCAGGUGGCCUCUGGGCAGGCAGGAGUGUUUACUCAAUACCAUAAAAAGAAGAAAGCCAUGACCGUGAGGCAGUACCACCACCUGGCCAACAGCGAGAAAUACCGGACCCCCGAGCACCUGAACUUCGACGACUUGGAGCGUAAGUACUGGAAGAGCCGUCUCUACCACUCGCCGAUUUAUGGCGCUGACAUCAGCGGCUCCUUAUUCGACCAAAGCACGAAGCAGUGGAACCUGGGCCACCUGGGCACCAUCCAGGAUCUGCUGGAACAGGAGUGCGGCGUGGUCAUCGAGGGCGUGAACACCCCCUACCUGUACUUCGGCAUGUGGAAGACCACGUUCGCAUGGCACACGGAGGACAUGGACCUGUACAGCAUCAACUACCUGCAUUUCGGGGAGCCCAAGACAUGGUACGCAGUGCCCCCCGAACACGGCCAGCGCCUGGAACGCCUGGCCAGGGAGCUGUUCCCGGGCAGUGCCCGGGGCUGCGAGGCCUUCUUGCGGCACAAGGUGGCCCUCAUCUCGCCCACGGUCCUCAGGGAGAACGGGAUUCCCUUUGGUCGCAUGACGCAGGAGGCCGGCGAGUUCAUGGUGACCUUCCCCUAUGGCUACCACGCCGGCUUCAACCACGGCUUCAACUGCGCGGAAGCCAUCAACUUCGCCACGCCGCGGUGGAUCGACUAUGGCCAAGUGGCCUCACAGUGCAGCUGUGGGGAGGCCCGGGUCAGCUUUUCCAUGGAUGCCUUCGUGCGCAUCCUUCAGCCUGAGCGCUACGAGCUGUGGAAACGUGGGCAAGAUCUGACGAUGGUGGAGCACAGUGAGCCCAGGACGCUGGCUGGUCAGGAGCUGCAUGCUUGGAGGAAGGACCAGGGGCCCAGGAGAGCCGCGGAAGGCCUGAGGCCUCUCCACAAGCGCCGGGUGGGACGCCCCCGUCGCACUGUGGCCUCUAGUGUUGGGACUCACCACGGAGCCCUCUUGGAUCCUGUGUCCCUUCCCAGUGAUGCUGUCACCCAGCCCAGAGACACUUCUGACCACACCUCCCCACAGCUCAGCUCAGCCUUCCAACCCACCCCAGACUCCUCUUCCCAAAUUCUCCACCCAUCAACUGGCAGACGUGGUCGUGGUCGUGGUCGUGGUUGUGGUGGUGGCAACAGUGGUGGUGGCCGUGGUCGUGGUGGUGGCCGUGGUCGUGGUGGCCGUGGACGUGGCAGUGGCCGUGGUGGUGGUCGUCCUCCUCGUGAACUGGGGACUCAGGAACCCACCAUCAGGGCUCCAGCCAAGAGGCGCCUCUCAGGAACUGCACGCCCUGGGCAGGACCCUGCGUGCCAGCCCCUGUUUGCUGAUGUAUCUCUGGUGCUCAACUCUGACCACUGAGCCUUGGGCUCCAGCGUCCUGCCAAGGCUUCCAGAUGCUGCUGAGCUCCUCUCCCCAAUCUCCCCUGCCACCUUUCUACUCCUGCUGUUUGGAGUCUUGCAGGGAAUGGUUGUAUUUACAUCUCUGAGCUUUGGGCAAGUUUUCAAGACAAUGAUGGUGUCUGAGAGCGCUGCCUCUGAUGUCAUGACCCUGCUGAGUUCUUGGUAUCAAGGCCACUGUGCUUUGUUCUUGCUUCCAGACUCGACUGCCUUUGGACAUUUCUGACCUCUGUCUCCAGCCAAGGUUUCAUCCACUAGGCACUGGAGUCUCUGUGCACGAAGUCCCCAGAGGUUGCCCCAACUUGGUUUAUCCCAGACUCCAGUUCUCUGAGUCAAUGGUGGAGGCUGGGGAACUGCUGAAGAAUCCUAGGCACUGGUUCUCCUUCAGUCUCCCUCCCUUUUUUCUUCCCCUUCUCUUCACCCAGUUCUUGCAAAGUGAGGUGCUUUAGACUAAUUAGUUCAAUGGAGCCACACACACACACACACACAUACACACACAAAUGUAUGACCUCUCUAAGUUAUUGAUGUAUUUAUAACAUGUUGUCAUCAGUAUUUGUUCACAAAUAUAUUAAAGGUAACCAAAUUUAAAAUAUGACUUGUUAUUAAUUUUAUAGUUUGAAUCAAAUGGAGGCUGUUCUUUGCACUUAAUAAUUAUUUUCAGAACAUUUAAGACAAAACUGAGCUUUAUGGGCUGGUGGCUUCCUGUGGUGGUAGACAAUGAGUUUGGGGGAUGGUUAUUGGUUUCUGGC